GUGCAAUUCUGAUCAUGUUUUUUUGGGUAGAAUGACUUCUGAGGAUAUGGUGUUUGUGGGUUUGUAGUGGAAGAAAGAGUGGUACUUGGUCAUUGAUGUUUGGAGUGAAUUGUGGGUUUGGUGCAAAGAGUUGUAUUUAUAAGCUGGCUUCUUCAGCUGUGUUGAGAAGGCAACAGUUGGUGAUAAGGUGUCUUGGAGUUGGAGGUUAUAGUGAUCAUAACAUUAACACUGAUCAGAAAACAAUGCAAGGAGUUGGAUCCAGUAGUGGAGCUUCUUUGGAGGCUGAUGCUGAGAAUGUUCUGAGAGCAAUCACACCGACCCUUGAUCCGAAUAAAGACAAGGGUCAGGCUGGAAAGAUAGCUGUUAUUGGCGGGUGCCGUGAGUACACUGGUGCUCCAUAUUUUGCUGCUAUCUCAGCAUUAAAGAUUGGUGCGGAUCUGUCUCAUGUUUUCUGUACAAGAGAUGCUGCUUCAGUUAUAAAAAGCUACAGUCCUGAAUUGAUUGUGCACCCAAUUUUAGAGGAGUCAUACAGUGUUAGGGAUGAGGACAAGAGCUUUAUCUUAGAAAAGGUUCUUGGUGAAGUUGAUAAAUGGAUGGAAAGAUUUGAUUGUCUUGUCAUUGGCCCUGGCCUUGGAAGGGACCCGUUUCUUCUGGACUGUGUCAGCAAUAUCAUAAAGCAUGCAAGACAGUCCAAUGUUCCACUUGUCAUAGAUGGGGAUGGACUCUUUCUUAUUACAAACUCUCUUGAUCUUGUAAGUGGAUACCACUUGGCUGUCCUGACUCCAAAUGUAAAUGAAUACAAGCGACUUGUACAGACAGUUUUGAGUUGUGAAGUAAAUGAUGAAGAUGCACAUGAGCAACUACUGUCUCUUGCAAAAAGGAUUGGGGGUGUAACUAUACUGAGGAAAGGAAAAGAUGAUCUCAUUAGUGAUGGUGAGACAGUUGAAUCAGUGAGCAUAUAUGGUUCUCCUCGAAGAUGUGGCGGACAGGGAGAUAUACUUUCUGGAAGCGUUGCUGUAUUUCUUUCAUGGGCCCGUCAAACUAUCAGAGAUGAAAAUUUGAGUAUCAGUUCUCGGAACCCCACAAUGCUGGGUUGCAUUGCUGGCUCCACUUUAAUGAGGAAGGCUGCAUCUCUCGCUUUUAAGACUAAGAAAAGGUCAACCCUCACUACCGACAUCAUAGAAUGCUUGGGAAGAAGUUUGCAGGAUAUUUGUCCAGUUCCCUGAUGCUGUUGAUCUUCAGCUGAUAGAGUCGCGUGUACUGACAUUUAGAGAGACCCUUAAUUUCACUCACUUUGUAGACCAGAAUAACAUUUCCUUGUUUCCCCACGACCUUUUCAAAUUUUUUAACAUUUUUUUUAUAUUUCUUUUCUCUUUUUUUGGUGAACAACUUCUCUUGUAUAUAGAAGAUUGUUUUGUUGCUUUUAUU